AUGGUAAUGAUGCGCUACGUGUUGUGUAUCCUCGCUCUCCUGCUCUCCUGUGCGUGUGUGCACGUCCUCGCUGAAGAAGUGCCUGCCGCCGAUCUUUCCGACCAAGUCCCUGAUACGGAGAGUGAGAGAAAGUGUCUUGAUGCUCCUGAAGAUACUGAAACUGCUGAACAUCAGAAGAAAUGCCCGGAAAAGACCAAAUCUCCUCCUGAAAAAGUACCUGAGGUUCCUAAAGAGGUGGUUCCCGAGAAAAAAGUACCUGGUGCUGAUGAUGGCAAUUGCCCUGAAGGUACUCAGCGUACUGAAGGUAAGACAUGUCCUCAAUCUGAAGUUCCUAAAGAAGUUGUUCCUGAGGAAAAAGUGCCAUUUCCACCACCUGCUAGGGAACAUGGAGUUCCUGAAGACCCAGAACCUGGGAACAGCAACAACAAUGCACCAGGUGGCAUUGAAGCAACACAACAGCAAAAACAACAACAAGACCAAACAGCUGAUAAUGUCUCUGCAGGUGCAGGUGAAAGUGGAAGUGGAGCAGGACAACCAUCAUCACCAUCUACCAAUACUUCAGCCACUGGUAGUGAUGCUGCAAACGCUGGGAAUGACAGUACAACAACGGGGAGUGAAUCAACAAGUACCCAAAAAGGUGCUGCAGAUAAUACAGAAACCACCACCACUACAACAACAACAACAACAACAACAACACUUCCUCCUGAGCUUACAAACAACAAGAAGGGUGAUGCAGACAGCAGCAGCAGUAUCAGCAGUUCUGUGUGGGUGCGUGUACCACUACUGAUUGUGGUUACACUGGCCUGUAUUCUUGUGUGCUGA